UCGGCUCAAUAAACUGGAGCAGAAGUCAGGCAGGCGAUCAGAGAUCUCAAAAGCUGAGAGGAUUAUUCAUGCUAGUGCUUGCAUCUGCGGACCAGGCUUGAGUACGCUUUAGGAUUUGUCAAAUACAGCUGCCAAAGGGCCCUGUCUUGACAAUGCAGUUUUUCGGCCAGCUGGUGAACAACGCUCUGUCAUCGGUGUCUAAUCGCUUCAUAAACCCGUACCGGGUGAAGGAGGUACCACUUUCGGUCUAUGCAGGGGGAACCUGUUCCCGGCUAGAGGAGGAGGGCAGGGUGGUGCUGUACAGAAACCCCUCGGCACAGUCAUGGGACUGUCUGCUCCUGAAUCAGGACAAAACACAGAGUAUUGCACUACGGUUAUUCCAGCUUGGUUCGGAAGUCGACGCCAGGAAUUGGUUCCCCCAGUACUCCCUGAAGCUCCGCCCCUUCUACGAGAGCUCCCAACUGCCUCUGCGCGUCGAGACUCUGCAGCAAAUCACAGACUGCCUGAGGAACCACCCUGAUUGGUCAGCAGCUCACAUUGCCGUGGAAACCGGCUUGAGGGACUGCCUGAAACACAACUAUGUCCUGAGCCAGAUUAACAGUCGGGACGGGGUGGAGGGCUGCACCCCUCUUCACCUGGCCUGCAGGAAGGAGGACCCCCAGUGUGUGCGUGAGCUGCUGGAGGACUGCCAGGCCAGGCUGGACAUGGUGGACAAGAACGCGGAGACACCCUUCCACUACGCAGCGCGGCAGGACAACUUCCAGCUCAUGGAGCUCCUGUGUAAGCACUCCUCUGGGGAAGGGUUGAACAAGCUGAGCAGCAGUGGAGAGACAGCCCUGCACAUCGCCUGCCGUCUGGGGAAGACAGAGACCGUCCGGGCCGUCCUUCAGAGCGGGGCGCGCUGUGACAUCAUCGGAGGGCAGGGCUACCCCAUCCACACCGCCCUCAAGUACUCUGAGAAGAGCUGUGUAGAGGCAAUACUGGAUGCUGACCCUAACCAGAUUUGCUCUGAAGACCCCCACUACGGAGGGACCCCCUUGCACUGGACAAAGACCCCAGAGCUGUGCCGCUUGCUGAUUGCGAAGGGAUGCAAUGUGAACUACCUGAGCCAGAGUGGAGAGACGCCGCUGCACAUCAUGGUGAGGAGGAAGAGGUUUGGCGCCGCCAUGGUCCUGCUGACCCACGGAGCGCAGAGCAACGCCAAGGGAGAGAACGGAGACACCCCCCUGCACCUCGCCAUGAAGUUGGAUCACAUGGAGCUGAUCAAGGCUCUCAUCGUGUUUGGAGCAGACAUGGAGAUCCCUAAUGAUUUUGGGGAGACCCCCGGACUGAUCGCAGCUCGAACCAGCAAAGGUUCGAACAGGAAGGUGUUGCUGACCCUGCUGCAUAGCAUAGGUGCUGAGCGCUGUCACCCUCCUUCCCCCGACACCCCCACACGACUCCCCUCUCCUCCGCAGAGACCCGCGAGACCACCGCCUCCACAUCUAGGGUUCGAUGACCUCGUCCAUGUUGCUGCUGCUCUGGGCGCCCUGACGAAAGGGGUGGUGGAAGUGGACGGCGUCAGAGCAGCCAGCAGGAAGUUUGACCGCUUGCUGUGUCUGGAUGGAGGGGGAAUCAAGGGCCUUGUUCUCAUCCAGCUGCUUAUGGCCCUCGAGAAGGCGGCCGGACGGCCAAUCAGAGAUCUCUUUGACUGGGUCUCGGGCACCAGCACUGGAGGGAUCCUAGCCCUGGCUGUCGUACAUGGCAAGUCGAUGGAGUACCUGCGCUGCCUGUAUUUCCGGAUGAAGGACGAGGUGUUUAAAGGGUCCCGCCCGUACGAGUCGGCCCCCCUGGAAGAGUUCCUCAAGAGAGAGUUCGGGGAGAACACCAAGAUGACCGACAUCCAAUACCCAAAGGUGAUGGUGACGGGCACGCUGGCAGACAGGCACCCCGCAGAGCUGCACUUCUUCAGGAACUACGACACUCCUGAGACCGGCCAGGACCCCCCCUACAAGAGGAGCGCCGACUUCCAGCCCCUCACCCAACCUCAGGACCAGCUGGUAUGGAGAGCAGCUCGCUGUAGUGGGGCUGCGCCCUCUUAUUUUCGACCAAUGGGCCGCUUUCUGGAUGGGGGUCUGUUGGCCAACAACCCAACACUGGACGCCAUGACAGAAAUCCACGAGUACAACAGGGCUCUGAAACACAAGGGUCGGGGGUCCGAUGCUCUGCGUCUGGGGGUGGUGGUCUCUCUGGGCACGGGGAAGCCCCCUCAGGUGGCCGUGAACUCCGUCGAUGUCUUCCGGCCCUCCAACCCCUUCGAACUCGCCAAGAGCUUUGUGGGAGCCAAGGAGCUGGGCCGCAUGCUGGUGGACUGUUGCACAGACUCGGACGGGAGAGCAGUUGAUCGAGCGAGGGCCUGGUGUGAAAUGACAGAUAUCGCCUACUUCAGGCUGAGCCCCCAGUUCUCAUCAGAGGUGCUGCUGGAUGAAAUUGAAGACGCUGUCCUCGUGAACAUGCUCUGGGAGACGCAGAUCUACGUGUAUGAGCAGCGGGAGCAGAUUCAGCACCUGGCUCGCUGGCUUCUCGACGCAGACUGCAGUGGAUCAGCUCCUCUCUAACAUGCUUAGAGAGAGAGGAAAGCAAACUGCAGUAGAUCAUCUCUAACAUGCUUCUGGAACCAGAGAGUUGUUCAAAACCACUCUGCGCUGCUGUGCAGGGUGCUGGGGUCUGCUUAUAAAGCUUGUUUUUAAUAGAAUUGGUCACAAAAGGUCAGGUGUAGUAGUUCUGGUGGUUUUCAAAUAUUUCGCUUUUUAAAUUAACCUAGGAAGUGCAAGUACAACAGACCACCUGAAAAUAUAACCAGUGAACCGAUAACUUUCUCUAACCAAAGUGCGUUGCCAGACCUUGAAAAUACAUGAUUGCUGUAACCUGUAUUUCUUUCAAAACUGCACAGAACUGCAUAGCAGAGUGCAUGAGCAGCGCUUCAACACCUUUACAAAACGUUAAUGUUGUAUUCAAACCACAACUGACUGUAUUGUGGCUGCUGCGCCCACAAACUCAGAACACAGUGUAAUUAUUGUACUGGGAGUUCCAGGCAUUGCUGGUAAGCUGGUGACCAGCAGCACUGGGAAUUGGUCCACACCUUAAACACUUUCUUAAUGGUUACUUAGGCUGUUGGAAACCCCAGGAUGCAGCAAUGUUCUACUGAAGGGUUGACGUCACUUCCUCCUCCUCAGACCUGUUGCCAAGGGCGACAGUUUUCAACUAGAUGGGCCUCGAGUAGAUGUGCCCAGCCAUUUUCUCUCUUUCAUGCAAAGGUUCAAUAAAGCUUCCCUCGCGGGUUGUUGUGGUAAACACUCAACAGAUCUGACGUUGAAACUACCAGAAGCAAUGUAAUAAAUUCAGUGCGAAACGUUUCGAUCAGAAGUCUCUCUUCUUUAAGACAGUGUUCCAGUAAAGGGACCUACAUUUCUUUCUUAAACCAGUUUUCCCACUUCUUGGACCAUGCUGGCCAGUUAAACAGCUCAACUCCCAGCUCUGACCAGUAUAGACCAGUACAUGUUGUUGCUGGAGCUUCCAGUUCAGUUCUGUGUGUGCAUGUUCACUCUGUGGCUUUCUAGGAAAGGGUAUAGCUGAUGCACGCUUCCCCGGGAUUCAGUUAUAGGAAGGGUGCCUUUUAUACAUUUCAUUGCUUUGGCGAGAGGUCUUGUCACUUUACCCAGUACGUCAAGAUGGCAAGGGAGGGAUCAGUUCAGUCUCCAUGCCUCAAGCCUGCCCUGGACUGGAGGGAGCACCCUUUCUCUUAGAUGGGUAACACGGUGGUUCCACUCUAUCUCAAGUCUACAGUUAGGUCAAUAUCGUGUUUUUGGUUUAGCAUUGCUGUCUUGCAGCGACUAAAAACCUGACUUGAAGGUUUUUUCUUUUUACCGGUUCUAUGUAUAUGAAGAUAAUGGAAGAUCUGCACUGUUUAAAACUGCCUUCAUUUAGCAUAGCAAAGAGUAGGUCCUUGUCUAUGCCAGCUUUUUACCACAUGAUGGCUCUGUUCCUUCAUAACAAAUACAUAAAAUAAACAGUAGAAGACAGUGCUACAGAUUUGUAUAGGAAAGUUCACAGGUUUAUCAAAAGAUAUCUCUUAUGAAUUUCUUUUCACCCAAAGUCUGGCGGAAGCAUUCGAAAAUACUUGUUCAUGCCAAGAAAAUGACCCAAAAAGUUUUGGCAGAUUGUUUGCAUGAGGGGUUAAUGUGUUUUAAUGAAUCUGCAGCAGCUGACUAUUUAGAAACUACAAAAACAGAAAAAAAGAACAUUUACAAACAGCAUUUUGAUUUGCCUUUUCUGUUGGAUGUGUGUGUGUGUGUGUGUGUGUGUGUGUAAAUCUCAAACAUGAUCUAUUAAAUUACUAAAUUCUUACAUUGCUAUCCGUACACUGUGUUAUUGUUAAGUCAAUUAAAAGUAUUAUUUAA